AUGUCCCCGAAACCGCCCGGUCAAGAAAAAAUACUGAUGGUCAUCACUUUAUCAGGACAGAAGGGUAAUAUGGCCAUGAGGCCUAACGGAAAUGGCUUCCGAUUCUUUAGGCCGAUCCUCAACGAACUGCGGGAUAUUAUUGACGAAGUUUCUGACCCAAAACCGAUUGUCAGUCGUCGAUCAGUGCAUUGA